AUGGCAAACCUCGGUCGACUCCCCCCGGAGUUGAAGAUCGCCAUUGUCGAGAUUCUAUUUGAUCAAGGCUACCGGAUGCUCAACUACGCUGACAUGGAUCCGGCCAUCAAGGCGCUCGCAGCCCUCUCACUUGCCGAUCGCUUCUUCAACCUAGUUGCGGAACCAAAACUCUACGACCUCGGGACUUUGCGACAUCCCUAUCUUCUCUGCUGGGCUACAGACGUUGGGUAUCUCAAGGUCAUGAAGAAGAUUCUAUCCUUGUGCAGGUUCCACACUCAGUUCGGUGUCCUUCGCUAUCGCCCUCAAGAUAAAUACGAGGAGUGGAUUGGAGACAACGAACCCGCGAAGGAACGUUUUCAUCGGCACUAUCGAACAAAUGGCGAGCCAUUUCAGCUUCGGGCAGAUUGGCUUAGCGAAGGUGAAUUCGGCGAGUAUCAGGACAAGAUUGCGGAGCUGGCAAGCGAUGAGGAAGAGGAGGACGACGACUAUGAUGACGACGAGACUACCGAGUUGAGGAGAUUGGGUGUCGAGAUAUUCGGAGUUGUCAGAUGGGACAACCACGAUCUCCACCAUCACGACAUCUUGGAUGAGCCAAAAGCCGUCUAUUGGUUCCCGGUUCACAUCGCCGCACGACACGGUAACAUUGAAGCGCUCGCAAUUCUUGUCGAAUUUGCUUGGACACCCUACCAUAUUGCGCUGUGCCAUGGACAUCAAGAGAUGGCUCGCUAUAUUCUCGAGAAGUGUCCUCAUAUCAGUGAACGGCUAUUGUCUGACGGAGACAAAAUUAGCCAACCAAUUCCGAGGUUCAUCACGGCCAUGAGACACUCCUACCCGGAGAUUGCGGAGUUCUGUCUCGACCGUGAGCUUGAUGACAUUGAGGAGACUCAUCCAGAUGUUUUCAAUGGAACGCUGGUGUGGAGAGCCUUCUGGAAGUGA